AGCAAUUUCCCGCUUCAUCUAUCUCCCUUGGUUAAUCCCCGUACACUGAUAUUCCUGGUGUCGCGCGACUUUCCUCCUGAAACAGAAACUGCAAAAGCCACCUCACUAACUACUCGCCGGCCGUUUUCUUCACCGCCGCCGGAAUUCCACUUUCUCUCGGUUUGUAUCGCGAAACUGUAACGACUCUUCUCUCUUCACAAGAUUUUAGGUUUUUAACUUUCAAUAGGUUUUCCGAUGAGUGCUGAGACGAAACCAGUGAUUACCUCGCUUACUAGAAGCACAUGGAACACGGAGAAGUCAUACGAGUUGAAAUCAAUGGUUUCUUCCUCUAUUUCGCAAGCCUCCUCUAUACCCGAGCUGAUUUCUUAUCUGAAAUCGGCUUUUCGUGACAAGGAGUUCUCUCUGGUGGAAGGAAUUCUGAUGGACCGUGAGAAACAGCUGCGGACAGAAAUUCAAAAUCUAAAGAGAGAUUUUGAUUCCGUAAAGACGGGGAGAGAUUUAGCAGACAAGGAACAAGCUAUUGUUGACCUGGAAAAGUUAAAUAAGGGGAAUCAAUUGAAGGAUAUGCAGAGGAAAUAUGAGGAGGUAAAAAAUGAAAAAGCUGAAGUUGAGGCAAAGCUAAAGAUUUAUUUGGAAAAGUUCAAAGAGUUGGAAAGUAGAGUAGCACUCCAGGAGGAAGAAGCUGCCCAAAAUCGUGCUGUGGAUGUCUCAGUGAUCCAAAAAAUGGUAGAAGAUUUGGAAGCUGAGGAUGAUGAUGUUGUAGAAGUGAAUAGUAAAAGUUCUGGCGCUGAUGGGGAUCUUCAGGAGAAGCAGUUGUCACCUAGGGCUCCCUCGGUUGAUUCAACUGGAAAUGGAAGUGGUAAAUCAAGAGAUGAAGGGAGUGGUAACACGGAUUUCGUUUCAACAAAAAUGUAUCUGGUUAAUUGUCCUGAUGUCCAGACAUUGCAUCCCAUGCCUUCUGCUGGAGGUUCUGUUCAAGUCAAUAGCAAUGUUUCUAACAUAGAAAAGAAAAGAUGUCGUUCAGAGGAAGCAGACCCUCUCCCUAUCAACUUGGCUUGUGAGAAGAGAACACCUAUUGUAGAUUUUUCAGCAUGUGAAGCAGAAGACUGUGUUAAGAAUAACUUGGAUACAAUAUCUGGAAUGGCUGGGUCUUCAACUGUUGUUCACAUUAGCGACAGUGAUGAUGAGAAUGCAAAGGCUUGUGUUUCAAAAAGUAAUGGUGUAGGCAAGAAUUUAACAUUUCCACACCAGAUAAAAGAAGAGGAAGUAAAGGACACUUCAUUGUCCAAGAGGAAAAGAAGCUUAAGUGAUAUUGACAAUGGGGAUGGUUCUUUAUUGGGCAAACAAAAGACAGGGUCUAUUCAAGAAUUAAAUCGUGAUGUAAAACUAUCCUUUGCUCAUGACAAUUCCCAUCAAAUGGUGUUCGUAAGACGAUGCGAUGACAAAGACGGAGGGAAGUCUUAUUCUCAACUUUCUUCCAGAAAAUCUGAUUUAUUAAAGCUUGAUGGGAUUGGUGAUGAUAGUUCUUCAGAUUCAGAGAAUGAUCCCUUGAGUGACAAAAGUAUGAAUAUGUUAAUCCAAAGAAUUACAAAACGUAAAGUGUUCUCAUCAGAAGAUGAUUUAAGAUCGUCCUUUGAGAAAGACCCUGAACUUUGUAUGAAUGCAGUAUGUGCACUUUAUAGGAAACAGAUUUCUCCAAACAUCUCUUCCAAGGGCAUGAGUCAGGGGUUGAGUCUAUCUGAUAAAAUCAGCAUAGUUGCUUUGGGUGAAUAUCUGAUCGAUGGGGAUCCAGGAAAUAAACUCAGAAAAGCCGUGGAAGAAGUACGUCCAAAGGAUCAUGCAGAAUGUAAAAGAUUAGCUACUAAAUACUGCCACCAACUAUAUCAGAUAUACCUUAACAAGGAGGAUCAUUUGUUUCGCCUAAUCCCUAAGUUCUAGUUUAGCAGAAAAACAGACAGAAAGUUAUUGCUGCUCAAGAUGGAAGCUUUUGCUGUAGCAGCUGGUAACCAAGGCGUCUGUCUGAUUCAUCUUUUGUGACUUCGGUGUGGAUAGCUGAUUAUGAAUAGUUAACAACUGAUAUAUAUAGGUUUUCAUGGUCAUUGAUGAUUGGUGUAUGUAAAAAUUUAGGAGUAUAUUUUUUGUAUUCCCUUGAAUCAUGUUGAAGAUUUGUUCCCUUUUGUAUGUAAGGUUCUUAUAUUGGGUGCUUUUGGCUUAGUCACCUUUUGAUUCCUUAAA